ACAUCUCUACAUAAACCAAGAAGAGACGUUUAUCUCUUAUCUUUAUCACUUCCUCCCACUCAGAGAGGCUAAGGAAAAAAAGAUGAGAAACGAAGACGAUCGGUUUAUACCGGUUCACAACGGGGAACCGCUUUUUGUCACCAGAAGGAAAACCGGAAGAGUGAUAGCGUACCGUGUUUUCUCAGCAUCGGUUUUCUUUUGUAUCUGCUGUAUUUGGCUCUACAGAGUUACCGUACCGACAGAGAUUGAUGAAAACCGGCCCGGUUUGGUAAGAUUAAUCAGGUUGGUUAUGUUUGUCAUGGAGAUUUGGUUCGGUUUGUAUUGGGUAGUCCUGCAAUCUCUCCGGUGGAAUCCGGUUUGGCGAUUCACCUUCACCGAUAGACUCUCCCGGAGGUACGGUAACGAUCUCCCGAGGCUCGACGUUUUUGUUUGCACGGCGGAUCCGGUGAUAGAGCCGCCGUUGAUGGUGGUUAACACAGUCUUAUCUAUGGCGGCCCUGGAUUACCCACCGGAGAAACUAGCGGUGUAUCUCUCGGACGACGGGGGAUCUGAGCUCACGUUCUAUGCUCUCGCUGAGGCAGCUGAGUUUGCUAAAACUUGGGUUCCUUUUUGUAAGAGAUUCGACGUGGAGCCGAGAUCUCCUGCUGCUUACUUGUCUUGCAAGGCAAGUGUUCUUGAUUCUGCUGCGGAGGAGGAAGUAGCUAGGUUGUAUAAAGAAAUGGCGGAGAGGAUUGAAACGGCAGCGAGACUCGGGCGAGUACCGGAUGAGGCGCGUUUGAAGUACGUGGAGGGGUUCUCGCAGUGGGACUCUGACGCUACACGCAGAAACCAUGGAACCAUUCUUCAGAUUUUGGUAGAUGGAAGAAAAGCGAAUACAGUAACGUUGGUGUAUCUGUCGAGAGAAAAGAGACCUGAGCAUCAUCAUCACUUCAAAGCUGGAGCCAUGAAUGCAUUGAUUAGGGUUUCUUCGAAGAUAACUUGUGGGAGAAUCAUGCUAAACGUGGACUGUGACAUGUACUCAAACAACUCAAAGUCAGCACGCGAUGCACUCUGCAUCCUACUUGAUGAGGAGGAAGGAAAAGAGAUAGCUUUCGUGCAGUUCCCGCAGUGUUUCGAGAACCUUACAAGGAAUGAUCUGUAUGGAAGCAUGAUGCGCGUAGGAGCUGAUGUGGAGUUAAAGGGAUUGGAUGGAAAUGGCGGUCCAUUAUACAUUGGAACUGGAUGCUUUCACAGAAGAGAUGUGAUCUGCGGAAGAAAGUACGGAGAGGAAGAAGAAGAAGAAGAAUAUGAAGAUAUUUCAGAGCCUGAGAUGAUUAAGGCUCUCGCAAGCUGCACUUAUGAAGAAAACUCUCAAUGGGGAAAGGAGAUGGGUGUAAAAUACGGUUGCCCGGUAGAGGAUGUCAUAACCGGUUUAGCUAUUCAGUGCCGUGGAUGGAAAUCAGCCUACUUGAACCCGAAAAAGAAAGCUUUUGUCGGGGUAGCACCGACCAAUUUGCAUCAGAUGCUGGUGCAGCAGAGGAGAUGGUCAGAGGGAGACUUUCAGAUUCUACUGUCAGAGUAUAGUCCGGUUUGGUAUGCCCAAGGAAAGAUCAGUUUAGGACUGAUCCUUGGUUACUGUUGCUUUUGCCUUUGGGCUCCAUGUUCAGUACCUGUGCUUGUUUACUCUGUUUUGACUUCUCUCUGUUUAUUCAAAGGCAUUCCUCUGUUUCCAAAGGUUUGGAGCUCGUGGUUUAUCCCGUUUGUUUACGUGACUAUCGCAGUUAAUGCUUACAGCCUAGCAGAGUUCUUGUGGUGCGGAGGAACUUUACGUGGAUGGUGGAACGAGCAAAGGAUGUGGCUUUACAGAAGAACAAGCUCCUUCCUUUUCGGAUUCAUAGACACAAUUCUGAAGAAACUUGGUGUUUCGGAGUCUGCGUUUGUGAUCACAGCGAAAGUUGCAGAAGAAGAAGCAGCAGAGAGAUACGAGAAAGAGGUAAUGGAGUUUGGAGUUGAGUCUCCCAUGUUUCUCUUACUCGGAACACUCGGGAUGCUCCAUCUCUUCUGCUUUGCCGCAGCUGUCAUGAGACUGGUGAUGACUUCUAGAAAGGCUGGAGAAGAUUUACAAACAAUGGGUAUGCAGUUUGUGAUAACAGGAGUGCUUGUGGUAAUAAACUGGCCUUUAUACAAGGGCAUGUUGUUGAGGAAAGGUAAAGGGAAGAUGCCAAUGAGCGUGACAGUUAAAGCCGUUGUCCUAGCUUUAUCUGCCUGUACUUGUAUCGCACUCUCUUAAUGAAAGAUAGAACCUAUGUACGGAUCGCAACUACUAAAUAGUGUUGGGAAAGUUUUAUUUUAUUGAUUU